AUGAUGGAUGAUACGAAGCGAGACCUGUCCCAAACCAUUGAUUCUCAAGAUUUAAAAACCCUAGAUCGCGAGAAAAGUAACACGUUUAUUUCUAAUCCCACGGCAGACGUCGAAAUCCAAAGCGCGCAAAGAGCUGAUGGUCAGGCUGGAAACGAAAGCAAGGUCUCGCGGUUCCUGAAACUUCUCUUUCACCGAACAAACAGAGAAGGACUACGGCAUGAAUUGCUACCAAUUACCAACCUUGAUGAGAAUACGGUGGGCUGGGAAAGUCAAGAGGACCCCGAUAUGCCUCUCAAUUUUUCGAAGCGGGAAAAGUGGAUAUGGGUUGGGCUCCUCUCCACCAUUACCUUGUUAACUCCAUUCGCAACUUCGAUUCUCUCCCCCGCCAUUGACGAGUUAAACAAAGAGUUUGGCAAUAGCAAUGCAAUUGUCGGCUCUAUGACUGUGAGCAUAUAUCUACUUGGAUAUGUGAUCGGCCCUAUAUUCGUUGCACCGCUUUCCGAGAUAUAUGGGCGCAAGCCGGUCUUAGAUGUAUCCAAUGCAUUUUUCUGUCUUUGGCAGAUUGGGUGUGCUUUGGCGCCGAAUAUAGAAACUCUCAUUGUGUGCAGAUUUUUCAGUGGUGUCGGUGGUGUUGCGUGCUUGACUCUUGGAGGCAGUGUCAUUGGUGACUUAUUCCGUCCCGACCAGCGCGCUUUUGCUAUAGGAAUGUGGAAUGUUGGACCACUGAUUGGCCCUACCAUCGGUCCACUCCUCGGCGGGUUCAUCACUGAUUCAAUAGGCUGGCGCUACGAUUUCUGGAUAGUACUAGCUGCUGCUACUCUGGUCACGGCACUCAUUGCAAUACUGAAUAAGGAAACGAGCCACCAGGUCCUUAUUCAACGAAAAACACUUCGCUUACAAAAGGAGUUGGGUCGCUAUGAGCUUAAGAGCUGUUAUAAAAGCUCCGAAAGUCGGAGCACAACUGGCACAACUCGUACUUUAAUAAUCGGCCUAAUUAGACCUCUUAAGAUGCUCGUCCUGUCGCCAAUCGUGUUCUUUCUAUCCUUAUAUAUUGCGUUCGUGUUUGGAACAGUUUAUUUACUCUAUACUACGAUUCCCACCGUCUUUCAAGAUAUAUACGGAUUCGACCCGGGCCAGACAGGACUUGUGUAUCUCGCUCUUGGCUUAGGCAAUGUUUUGGGGUGGCUGGUGAUCACUUUCUUUUCCGAUAAGAUGGUCAUUAGGCUUUCACAGGCCAAUGAUGGUGUCUUUGAACCCGAGAUGCGUCUCACGAUAAGCAUAUACUUUGGAAUAUUUCUUCCUAUUACUCUAUUCUGGUAUGGCUGGAGCUCCUACUACCGUGUCAAUUUGGCAUCUACCAUUAUCUCACUCAUACCAUAUGGCUUCGGUAUCAUGGGUCUUUUCCUACCAAUCACUACAUAUCUUGUCGACAGCUAUCCCAUACACGCUGCCUCGGCAAUUGCUGCCAAUGUCAUUUUGAGAAGUGUUGUGGGAGCAUUACUUCCGUUGGCUGGUCCACCGAUGUAUGCAUCUCUGGGGUUAGGCUGGGGUAACUCUUUGUUGGGAUUUAUCUGUGUUAUUAUGAUCCCAUUGCCAUUUAUCUUUUACAAAUUCGGAGCUAGGCUUCGAAAAGCCCAAAGAUCUGAAUUUUGA